CUGACGAUUCCCUCCGAAGAUCUAUCGCAGGAGAAGACACUGUUAGAAGAAAGUCAGUCCCUUCGUGAUGAGCCUCCAGCAACUGAUCCAACUGAUCGUAUCCUUCAAACUGAUUUCGGGCCUGAUAACGACGCUGGUCCUGAUGAUGAUGAAGACCAGUGCGAAGAAUGGGAAAGGCAUGAGGCUCUUCACGACGACGUCACGGAGCAAGAUCGGAUCAAACCUCGUAAAUAUGAAGAAGAGAUGGAAAUCAUAUGGGAGAAAGGUGGUCCUGGACUUGUGUGGUAUACCGACAAGAACUAUUGGGAUGAAAGAGAGAAAGGAACCGAUUGUGAUUGGGCCUGGGCAGAUGAUUGGGACGUUGACUACUCUGUUUAUUACGAGGGCAAGUCCGCAGGAUCGAAAGAUGCUCAGAAAAAAAAAAAAAAACGGCUAUUCGAGAUCAGAGAAGAUGAGGCGAAGCGUUCGGGAAAAUUGGAAGAAUCUGUUUUCACAAAGAAGGCUAAAUCAUUUAACUCGCUGAGAAAACGUCGAAACAGCGAUACAGAAGUGGAUAUCGAGCGGUACAAUAAGGGCAUCGGCAGCAAGUUGCUCGGGAGGAUGGGUUGGAAACCCGGCUCUGGAUUGGGUCGCUCACAGCAAGGUCGGGUUGAUCCAGUAGCGAUUCAUUUGGAAGAGGAUGGGCAAACCGACAGAGAGAAAAAGGGAUUCGGCUAUCAUGGAGAAAAAAUGAGACGCACUGGAUUUAUGAAAGUGCCGAAAGUGCAUGCCAUCGCAUCAAGUUUCGACGCAGUCACCGAUAAAAGGACUGUGCCCUAUAAGAGAGUUGGAAACGAUGACGCUGGAGAGAUCCUGUUUCGUAGGGAUGAACUGACGAGAAUGAAGUACAGGCCUGAUGCAGGGGAACCGAAACGUAAACAAUAA